AUGUACCAGCGGAAGAAAAGCACCAACUUCUCCACCGCCGCAGCUCUCGGCGAUGACGACGACGUAGAGGAUGAAAAGGAAGAACAAUCAAGGCGUACAAGCAACAAAACCCAGUUCGAAGCUUCCACCGCGGCGGCGAUGAUGCGCCCGCCUGCUGUGGUGGACAGUCGUGAUGCUGACGAGUUGGAGGAGGAUAUGCGUAGGGGUUUAACCUAUCGGCAUUCUCUGAAGAAGCUCGGACCCCUACUCCCUCGCAUUGGCAGGGAGGGGUUCCCUAGCGAGGAGGGUGGGAUCUAUGAUGCCCACAGUAGCAGCCAGAUUCGUUACAAAACAGGGAUGGAGAAGGACGAGUUCGACGCCUUUUACGAAGACACGUUCCUGGAUGCUGAGGGAAACCGCCUCGCUCGCUCAUGCCUGUUUGGGCAAGCUCGGAACCACGUCGGAAACUACUCGGCGGAGGACAACAAGGCCAGGCGGGUCAUCCGGGGGAGCAUGGAUGACAGAGACCGAGUUUUGUGCUGGCUGGAGAUGCUCAGGAGGGACACUUUGUUCGAGGACAUGGCCCUCGCAUAUGGACGGUGUGCUGGGACGUAUCACAACGAGUUCAAGGACACGACGGCGGCCGCGCAGAACAUGCCUUGUCUGCAAGAGGAAGCCGCAGCAGGGGAUCUUUCUAAUGAAGAGAGGCGGUUCAACACAGAGCAGCGCCGUUUCAGGGUCGUGGCAGAGAACACCAUAGGCAAGAUUAAGAAGUGGAAGGCAGUGGGCAAUGGCAAGGCUUUUAGGCACCGACGGGACUUCGAGAAAGACGUCUUCGACGUGUGCGCUAGGCUCACAGCUCGGAUCAUGAGGGUUCGUGACAGGUAUCCGCGCAGCCCGGAGUGGACUGGACGCGUGAAGGAGGCCUGGGAGGUGAAGCUCGGAAUCCACCUCUACUGGGACUACGAGGACCCGAAAAGCUAUCUUGUCCACAACGAGGGAGAGAACUAUGUGUAUGGCGUCGCGAAUGAAGGAACCGCUCAGCAUCUGCAGCAGUGUUGGGAUAGCAUUUGGGCGCUUGAAAUCUAA